ACUCCACGUGAUUCGCCGGCUACGGACACGAGGGGCGUGGAGAGCCACUGGGUCUGUCCCGUGACCUGCUGCUGCCAGUCGACACUUAAAACGAGUGCCAUGCCAAUGCGGGACCUUCCUUAAGAUUUAGUGAGGCUUUCCUGGCUGCCCGUGUGUUGUAGUAGACUGGCGUGAUGCGUUUGUGGUGCGCUGCUCGAAGACUGACACCAGCUCUCCUGUUCCCCUUAAGGGGACAGGUGAGCACGCGAUUACACACGCGUGGAUUUUCCAAGGCUUCCAAAGAGAUACAGUUCAGUUUGCGAACUCGAAUCUUGGUGACAGCAGGAAUUGGAUCGGCCUUCUUUGGGUGGUGGGCAUAUUUGCGGUAUGAAAAACAAGGCUUGAAUGAUCACAUCGUUGGGCUGGGAGGUGUGAAAUUUGAACUGACCGAUCAGAGUGGACACAAGGUUAAGGGUCACGACCUCCUGGUCGGCCGGUGGAGCCUGCUCUACUUUGGCUUCACGCACUGCCCCGAUGUGUGUCCAGAGGAAAUGGAGAAAGUAUCGGGCGUCGUACACACCCUCGACAAGGACACGAACCUGCCCAGGGUGCAGCCUGUGUUCGUGACGAUCGAUCCGCAGAGGGACGACGUCGCGGCUGUGGCGCAAUACAUAAAAGAUUUCCACCCACGGCUGGUCGGCCUGACCGGCUCUCCGGAGCAGAUCUCGUCGAUCUCAAAAGCCUACCGCGUGUACGCUCAGCCCGGCCCACGUGACCCCACCGACCAGGAGUACGUGGUGGACCACUCCAUCAUCACCUAUCUCAUCUGCCCGCACGGCGCCGUGCUCGAGUUUUACGACCGCUCCGUGGAGGAGGCCGUCAUGGCAGAGAAAGUGCGCCAACGCUUGCGCGCACAUCGCCUCUGACCACCCUGUCUCCAUGGCAGCACCAAGCCAACGCUCAGAGUUGAGGCGUGGGUCCAUCUUUAUCCAAUCAAGUUUUGCUUUUUAAUUAUGAACAUUUUUACAUGCCAUACAAACAAACGUCACGGCCGUUUGUUAAUCUAUUGGAUGAAGGACUCCUGAAACACCGUUUUUGCGUCGGUCAUGGGGGUUCCGUCAACAGCACUUGACCACGAAGCACCUACGGUACAACACAUUCCUGCGGAGGGAGCUGGUAGGAACGUUGGGUUGCUCGGUCAAUGGCCAGGGACAACGGCGGCGUGGUGUAUUCCGCAAAUAUGCCCGACUGAGGGCGGGCAGAAGCCGGCGUGAGUAGGUUAAACUUUGAGUUUUAUAAGGGCACCACGGGCUGACCAGCCCCACCCCUCCCACCCAGCCCCUCCCCACCCUCCCCACCAAGCC